AUGUCGAUGUACAAAUCUCAUCGCGGCGAGGAUUGCGUAUCGUGGUUUGCCAACGAAUUAUACGAUUUGGCGCAUUGUGCGAAAACGAUAUUCGACAAGAAUGAGACUAUGGCGGAGUUUACAUCGAACGUCAAGUGGGAAAAAUUUCGAGACGCGACUCACUGUCAUAUCUGUGAAAGACUGUUCGAGGAAGGAGAUUUGCGCGUACGCUGUCAUUUAACCGGACGUUAUAGAGGUCCUUCGCAUUCAUGUUGUAAUUUACAAAAUCAAGAUACUCUCGAGAAAUUGGUAUCAUAUCUCGACAAGAGUAAAUUGAAAAUUAUACGAUCAGAAUUUUCCAAUCUUGACGCUGAGGAUUUUGAUCUGCUUACGCGGAAAGGAAUGUUUCCAUACGAGUAUAUCGACAGUGUUGAUAAGCUAAACGAGACUAGUUGGAAUACUCACGGCGAUUACAGUAAUUUGUAUCUCAAGACAGAUGUGCUUUUAUUAGCAGAUGUUUUUGAAAAUUUUCGUGAUACGUGUAUUGAGAGUUACGGAUUGGAUCCGACUACAAGUCUCGAUAAAUUAGCGUCGUAUCUCGAUAAAGACAAAUUAAAAAUUAUACGUUCAAAAUUUCCAACACUAUCGGAUGAUGAAUUUGAAUUACUGACUCGUAAAGGUAUCUUUCCGUACGAUUCGUUAACGGGCGAUACCGUAUCCGAGAGCGAUUACGCUCACGCGGCGAACGUAUGGCAGCGAUUCUCCAUCCGAACGCUCGGCGAGUACAGUGAUCUGUACUUGAAAACCGAUGUCUUGUUAUUAGCUGACAUUUUCGAAAAUUUCCGCGAAAGUUGCGUCGCGAGUUACGGUCUCGAUCCCGCACAUUAUUACACCUUGCCUGGUUUCACGUGGGACGCGAUGUUGAAACAUACGCGUGUAAAGCUUGAGUUGCUCACUGAUAUUGACAUGAUCAUGUUCAUCGAGCGCGGUAUACGCGGUGGUCUCAGUCAUUGUUCAGGCAGAUACGCACAGGCUAAUAACAAGUACAUGCAUUCGUACGACUCGUCGGAACAGUCGUCGUACUUGAUGUACUACGACGUUAACAAUUUAUACGGAUGGGCGAUGUGUCAACCAUUGCCAUACGCCAAAUUUCAAUGGGUCAAAGACGCUGCGAACUUUGACGCGAGCGCGAUCGCUCUGGAUUCGCCCACCGGUUACAUUCUCGAAGUCGAUCUCGAGUAUCCACAGCAUAUACUCGUACAUGACCGACACACUGACCUACCGUUCUGUCCGACGCGCGAUAAGCCGCCCGGCAAAGGCGAACAUAAACUUUUAGCGAUACUUACGCUGUACGAUAAAUAG